GAUUGGGUGCUGGGGCCGGGUACGUCAGUCAGACUGUGACGUGCAGUCUUCCUGUUUCCUUCAGCUGUGUCUUAAAGUAAAUCUUGUUGUGGAGCGGAGCCCUCAGCUGAGGGAGCGCUCUGAAAUCAUACACCAUUGCAGCCGGGGAAGCGCCGCGGCGCAAAAGAGCUCUCGCCGGGCCGCCCGCUCCCGCUCCUCUCGCCUCCGCUCCUUUCUCUCCGCUGCUCUCUCCGCUCCUCCCUGCUCUCCUCUGCCUCCUCUUCUUCCCUCUCCUCUCCUCUCCUGCCCCCUCCCACCCUUCCCUCCGUCCCCUCUCCGACGCCCGCUCGCCCCGCUCGCGCACACUCACCGGCCCGGGUCCAAUUAUCACAUUCAUCCCCCGCGAGACACCGCCGCGUGUGUGCGCGCGCGUGUGCUCCUCUCCCUGCCGGCGAAACCGCGCUCGGUCCCCCUGCCCUCUGCACCGCGAGAAAAUGGUGUUAUUUAAAUGAAUCGUCAUAAAAUAGGCUCUAAACAGUUUCUAAGCAGGAGCCUCCGUGGAACUCAGCGCUCCGCUCCUCCCAGUUCCUAAGAGUGAUAUUAAAGAGAAAAGGAUUUGCACACAAAAAGAAAAAAAGGGUCCCGGGAUUCUUGAGCUGUGCCCAGCUGACGAGCUUUUGAAGAUGGCACAGUAGCUGUCCAGUGAUGCCUGACCAUGACAGCACAGCCCUCUUAAGCCGGCAGACCAAGAGGAGAAGAGUUGACAUUGGAGUGAAAAGGACGGUAGGGACAGCAUCUGCAUUUUUUGCUAAGGCAAGAGCGACGUUUUUUAGUGCCAUGAAUCCCCAAGGUUCUGAGCAGGAUGUUGAAUAUUCUGUGGUUCAGCAUGCAGAUGGGGAAAAGUCAAACGUACUCCGCAAGCUGCUGAAGAGGGCGAACUCGUAUGAAGAUGCCAUGAUGCCUUUUCCAGGAGCAACCAUAAUUUCCCAGCUGUUGAAAAAUAACAUGAACAAAAAUGGUGGCACGGAGCCCAGUUUCCAAGCCAGCGGUCUCUCUAGUACAGGCUCCGAAGUGCAUCAGGAGGAUAUAUGCAGCAACUCUUCAAGAGACAGCCCCCCAGAGUGUCUUUCCCCGUUCGGCAGGCCUACCAUGAGCCAGUUCGACAUGGAUCGCUUAUGUGAUGAGCACCUGAGAGCAAAGCGGGCCCGGGUUGAGAACAUCAUUCGGGGGAUGAGCCAUUCCCCCAGCGUGGCAUUAAGGGGCAAUGAAAAUGAAAGAGAGAUGGCCCCGCAGUCUGUGAGUCCCCGAGAAAGUUACAGAGAAAACAAACGCAAGCAGAAGCUGCCCCAGCAGCAGCAACAGAGUUUCCAGCAGCUGGUUUCAGCCCGAAAAGAACAGAAGCGAGAGGAGCGCCGACAGCUGAAGCAGCAGCUGGAGGACAUGCAGAAACAGCUGCGCCAGCUGCAGGAGAAGUUCUACCAAAUCUAUGACAGCACCGACUCUGAAAAUGAUGAAGAUGGGAACCUGUCUGAAGACAGCAUGCGCUCAGAGAUCCUGGACGCCAGGGCCCAGGACUCCGUGGGGCGGUCAGACACUGAGAUGUGCGAGCUGGACCCGGGACAGUUCAUCGACCGAGCCCGCGCCCUGAUCAGGGAGCAGGAGCUGGCGGAGAACAAGCCGAAACGUGAAGGCAACAACAAAGAGAGAGAUCACGGGCCAAACUCCUUACAACCAGAAGGCAAACAUUUGGCCGAGACCUUGAAGCAGGAACUGAACACUGCCAUGUCGCAAGUUGUGGACACUGUGGUCAAAGUCUUUGCAGCCAAACCCUCCCGCCAGGUUCCUCAGGUCUUCCCGCCUCUCCAGAUCCCCCAGGCCAGAUUCGCCGUCAACGGGGAGAACCACAAUUUCCACACCGCCAACCAGCGCCUGCAGUGCUUCGGCGACGUCAUCAUUCCGAACCCCCUGGACACCUUUGGCAACGUGCAGAUGCCCAGUUCCACAGACCAGACGGAAGCACUGCCCCUGGUGGUCCGCAAAAACUCCUCCGACCAGGCCACCACCGGCCCCCCGGCCGGCGGCCACCACCAGCCCCUGCACCAGUCGCCUCUCUCCGCCACCGCUGGCUUCACCACGUCCACCUUCCGCCACCCCUUCCCCCUUCCCCUGAUGGCCUACCCAUUUCAGAGUCCAUUAGGUGCUCCCUCCGGCUCCUUCUCGGGAAAAGACAGAGCCUCUCCCGAAUCCUUAGACUUAACUAGGGAGACCACGAGUCUGAGGACCAAGAUGUCAUCCCACCACCUGAGCCACCAUCCUUGUUCACCAGCACACCCACCCAGCACCGCAGAAGGGCUCUCCCUGUCGCUCAUCAAGUCCGAGUGUGGCGAUCUUCAAGACAUGUCCGAAAUCUCACCGUAUUCGGGAAGUGCAAUGCAGGAAGGAUUGUCACCCAAUCACUUGAAAAAAGCAAAGCUCAUGUUCUUUUAUACCCGUUAUCCCAGCUCAAAUAUGCUGAAGACCUACUUCUCCGAUGUGAAGUUCAACAGAUGCAUUACCUCUCAGCUCAUCAAGUGGUUUAGCAAUUUCCGUGAGUUUUACUACAUUCAGAUGGAGAAGUACGCGCGUCAAGCCAUCAACGAUGGAGUCACCAGUACGGAAGAGCUGUCUAUAACCAGAGACUGUGAGCUCUACAGGGCUCUGAACAUGCACUACAAUAAAGCAAAUGACUUUGAGCAGGUUCCAGAAAGAUUCCUGGAAGUUGCGCAGAUCACAUUACGAGAGUUUUUCAAUGCCAUUAUCGCAGGCAAAGAUGUUGAUCCUUCCUGGAAGAAGGCCAUAUACAAGGUCAUCUGCAAGCUGGAUAGUGAAGUCCCUGAGAUUUUCAAAUCCCCGAACUGCCUACAAGAGCUGCUUCAUGAGUAGAAAUUUCAACAACUCUUUUCGAAUGUAUGAAUAGUAGCAGUCCCCUUUGGAUGUCUAAGUUGUACGUGUCUAGAUUUUGAUUUCCUAUGGAUGUGUAUGGGAGGCAUGGAUAUGUUAUGAAAUCAGCUGGUAGUUCCUCCUCGUCAUCUUGCGCUCAUUUUCUUUUGUUUUCCAUUGCAAGGGGAUGGUUAUUUUCCUUCCGUCUUUAGUUUACUUUUGCCCGAGGCCCUUAACAUUUGGAGACUUUAAAAUAGGGUUAAUUUUCAGGGAAAAAGAACUUUGACGUGUGGAAAUUCUCUAUUUGCAAGGAAAGGCAUUUCAAAGAUGCUUCUGCUUGAUCGAUAGUUUAUCGCAAAUAGCAGUUGGCAGAGGGAGACCCGUGACACGGCACUGCCCCACUGACGGUGACGUGUGUCUCCUGCUUUUACUGCUAACAAGGCCAGAACACUCAAUGAAACCACUACGUAAACUUAAAUAUUUUGUUCGGUUUGAACUCCAUAAGUCGCUUUGUAUUCCUUGUUUAAAAAUAAUGCCAGGGGCAGAUGAACAGCUCACUUUUCCAAAAGUUACCCAAAAAGCCAAAUUCCAAAACCAAAAAUAGUCACGGUCAAGCCUUUCCGUAAGAGAAACGGCGAGUAGGCCCAAACGGGUGUACCCGUUUCUUCCGGGGGCAAAGCUAUUCUACACAAAACUGACUCUUUCGAGAUGAGGCUGGAAAUUCGCACCCGAUCUUCCAGUUACGUCUGUAAGAGUUACAAUCGGUUCUUCGUAAUCAGUGAGUAUACAUCAUUUUUGAUAGAGAAACACCCCUUUCCCAUCAUUUUCUAUUAUCUCACUUCAGAUAUUAAAAGGCACAUACGUUUCAAAUGGACUCUUAACUUGGUUUAUAUGCUUCAACGAGUUAUUAUGUCUGUUUCAUAUUUAACACUUGUUUCCAAAAGAAAAAAAAAAAAAAGCAACAACAACAACAACAACACUAUCUUCUGAAUACCUUUCUCUAGUGAGGAUUAAAGGACAUCCCAAGUUGACCAUAAAAUUCCUGCCUACAUUAGACUCUUGUUGACAGUGGUGAGCUGACUUGAUCUUCACCUCCAAAGAGGAGCCCACGUCAGGAUGACCUCUUUUCAUACGCGAUCCCACACUGCCCUGAUGGAUAUCCCAAGUGGUGACAGUCUAAUGAAGUGUUUCUUCAUUUUAGGGACAGCAUUUUAAAGCAACUGAGAAAGUCUCUUCGAAUUCAGAAGCUAGUACUGACCAAAUCGUGCGAAGCGUGUGUAGGCAGCAUAGGAAAGGUUGGGGUUAACCCAAAAGACACAAUUUCAGCACACGUAAGAAAGCCAGCUGCUGGAGUGUGCUUUCUUCAAUGGUUCUCCUCUUCUUCCUUUUUUCUCUUUUUCCAGUUUUUCCAAGGUGUACAGUGUCCCAUACUUGCUUUUAAAAGUCCUAUGGCAUUCACGCUUGUUUUCCCAGAUGGGUUUUGUGCGCAGAUGCAGUAAGAAUUCCUUGUUCAUUGUAAUAGGCUUUUCCAGAACCCCCCCUCCCUCCCCUUAGGUCAUUGGACGUACACUUAAAAUGACACAGGAACAAACCUGGUAUUUAGAUUAUACUGAACACAAAUACCAUUUUCCCUUAAUUUUCAUAAAAGUUACAUUUGACUCUGGAGAAUGCAGGUUGACCCAUGUGACUAACUAGCUGACCCAAUCGCUGUAAUUUACCAUCAUUUAUAAAUUCUGCUGAUGGACAGGAAUGUAUGGAGGCAAUUACUGUCAGCACAAAGCCUUAAAACCUGCUGACUUUAAAUUAAACAGCACAGUCCUAUGAUGCCCAGCAUCAUUCAGGAGGCUAACGGGCCCUCGCAGUGAGCAGCGACACGGGCUGGAACACCACUGUCUUCUCUCUGCACCCCCAACCAAUGCAUCAUCCAGCUCGUGCUCCCCUACGUAGCACACACAGAGCCAGCAGAUCCAAUUUGCUCUUGUUCCGGUUUGCUUGGGGG